ACCCAACAUCAGUUGUUAAUUUCCAGUCCUCAACAUGAAGAAAACCGACUUUGCUUUUUGUGUCUAGUGGAUAUAAAUAAACAACUGUAUGCGUUUUGGAACUUAGGUUUGCCAUGAACAUUACCAGACUGAUCAUACGUACUUCUGUUUUAAUUUUUGACGAGUGAUGUUCUAAGCUGAGGUGUGGGAAUGAUGGUGGGAGGAGGAAAACCACCCCACUUUAAGGAUCAAUCCAUGUACAGACCAGUGUGGCGACUCAUAUUAUGGAGUUGUUUUUUAUUUUUUUGAGGGAAUUCUAUGAAGCGAUUCUUUGGACUAAACCCUGUGGACACUGUCGGCUUCACUGCGCUGUGAAAAAGACCGCAACCCUGUAACAUUCAAGUGCUUUUGUGGGUGUUUACCAGUAUUUGUGUAUGCCCAUGGUGGUAUGACACAGCGGAGGUGAGAGGGGAAGACGAUUCCAGACCACCCUUUCUUUACAAUGAGAGUUCCAGCCAGCGUGGCUGCAGUUUCCUGUCUUUGUCCUCUGGUGGUCUUCCUAUGUGUCAUCUCCCAGAGUUGUUAUGGGACCCAGGUCGAUCUGAGCCCUCACGCUAACCCUAACCCCAGCCUAUACCCAAACCCGAGGCACAAAUCACUGCCAGAGCCCAGCCCUGUCCCAAAUUCCAACAAAGAACCUGCGCAUAUGUCGUCGGUCAAGCGCGGUCAGCUCGGCAGUUCCAACCACAACACUUGGAACAAGCCCCAUUCGGAGACAAGAGUUGACUCCAAUCCCUCUCAUACCGACAAUUACAGGUCCAAUGCAAACUUCCCAUCAGCGGUCUCCCAAGCCACAACUAGCUUAAACGCCAGACUUAAGCUACAGCUGCAACCCAAACACGUCUCGAAUUCAAGGCAAGGGCUGGUCUUUAAAACAAAUUCUAAUCUGCCGGCAAGGAAUUCCUCAAACAUCCCAAAGGAGUCGUCAAAAAGCAAUUCGAGAGCCAACCCAAAACAAAGGCUGGGGUCACUCCUGCAGACCAAACCCAAAGCAGUCCCCAAUUCCAAGGCCGGCAACAAGCCUAAGACCAAUUCUGAGUCUCUAUCCAAAACUAAAAUAUCGUCCAUAUCCAGUCCAAAUGUACAGUCCAACUCAUCCGGUAAUGUGAAUCCUAAUCCCUUCUCCGGUUCCAGUGCGGCAUUGGUGUCUGGUUCUAAAUCCCAUUCUAAAGUCAAGUCAUCGUCACUAUCUAAUGCCAGAGCUGACUCCAAGGUCACCAACCCAAAUGUGAAAACACCAAUCAGAUCACAGAGGAACCAGACCAAGUUCCUGGACACAGAUAAGGAUACUAGUCAUCGGCCAAAGAGGGGAUGGAUCUGGAACCAGUUCUUUGUUCUUGAGGAACACAUUGGACCUGAACCACAGUACGUCGGAAAGCUCCACUCCAACUCUGACAAGGGUGACGGCUCUGUGCGCUACAUCCUGUCCGGAGAAGGGGCCGGUUCUAUUUUCAUCAUUGACGAGAUGACUGGUGACAUCCACGCCGCCAAAAGCCUGGACCGCGAGAGGAAGUCCCAGUAUGUUCUACACGCCAGGGCCAUCGACCGCUGGACCAACCGCUCUUUGGAGACGGAGUCCGAGUUCAUCAUCAAAGUUCAGGAUGUCAAUGACAACGCCCCGACCUUCCCAGAUGGACCUUUCUCGGCCUCUGUACCAGAGAUGUCCGAUAUUGGGACGUCUGUUUUCCAGGUGACAGCAUCGGAUGCAGAUGACCCGACCUAUGGGAACAGCGCCAAGAUAGUUUACAGCAUCCUGGAGGGACAGCCCUAUUUCUCCGGUGACCCUAAGACAGGUAACCUGGUUCUGUGCUCACAUUUAACUGCAGCUGUGGGAGUUCAGACCGGACGGGUGAUUGAGGAGUUCGGCUGA